GUCGAUAUUGUCAGAUCCGAAGGUUCGGCACGAGGGACAAAGUAACGGCAGGCAACAAUAGGCGCGACAGCCAACGAUGCAUCCGAAAACAGGAUGAGACAAGGCAAACGAGACCGAUGAGACCGACGAGACCGACGAGACAGAGACAUUAUUAUCAGGCGACGCAGGCCGCCGUGUGCAGUGACACCAAUACCGUGUAUUACCACCUCUAGCUUGUCCAAUGAUGCCUUUGUCGUCUAUAUUCCAAACCGCCCCAACGGCUGUACCGCAUACUUGCGUCGUUGUCGGAUCCGAAGGUUCGGAGGGGGGCAAAAUAACGAUAGACGGCGGGCAGCAGGCAGCAGGCAGCAGACGCGACAAGCAACGAUGCAUUCGAAAACAGGGCGAGGCGAGGCAGACGAGACCGAGACAUUAUUAUCAGGCGACGCAGGCCGCCGUGUGCAGUGACACCAAUACCGUGUACUCAAUGAUGGCUUCCUCGUCCAUAUUGCUCAGAGGGGGGAUUCUGCUGGUGCCCGACGGCGGGACGGACGCGGUCGUGGCUAUGCGCAAAGAUCUGCUCGUCGUCGCAGACCGGAUUACUUGCAUUAAAGAGGACAUCGACCUGGCCAAGUACGAGGCGCUAGACGCGGUCGAGGUCGACUGUUCGGCCAAGAUUGUCUCACCUGGCUUCGUCGACACGCACCACCGGGCUCGCGGCGACGCUCGCGUCAGGGGUGCGAUCCGUCUUUUGCUACACACCCACACCGCUCAUCGAGAGCUGGACUCGGUGUCUCGGCCUGGUGCCGGCCAUCCUUCAGCCGUGGCAUCUGCCGCAGCUCAUGCGCUUCAGCUCGCUGCUGACCGACCACGCCCGCGUCGCGCUGGGCUUCGCCUUCGACGGCUUCGCCUUUCUGUCCGCGCCCUCCACGCGCGCCCUCUUCGACGCGGUGCGCGCGGCCGGCGUGCGAUGCAUCACGUCGCACGCGUUUGGCAACCCUCUGCUGGGCACCGGGGCGGGCGGCCGUGAGUGCCCUGGAGGCGGCGGGGGUGCUGGGCCCUGACGUCAUCGUCUCGCACGCAACGGGCUCGAUCCGCACUCUGGGCUGCGACUCCAACAGCGUCGCCGGCAGCAACAUGCUCGAGCAGAUGCGAUUGGCCUUGCUCAUGACCCGCGCCCAGAGCACCCAGACCCUCGUCGCCAGCAAAAAGUUCCCCCGCGCCAUGAGCCCCACCGUCCAGCACGUCUUUCG